CCCUCCCCGCUCUGCAGGAUGGAUGAGGGGUCGCCAGAUGGGCUGCUCUUCAAAGACCACGGCUUCUCCUCUGACUUGUUGCGGCAGCUCAAUGCCUUGAGACAAAGCCGGAUCCUGACAGACGUGAGCAUCUGCACUGGCGCCCAGGAGGUCCCCUGCCACCGCAAUGUGCUGGCCUCCAGCAGCCCCUACUUCCAGGCCAUGUUCUGCGGCAGCUUCCGGGAGAACAGAGAGGCCAAAGUCCAGCUGAAAGGCAUCAACGCCCCAACUCUGGAGCAGAUCGUCUGCUAUGUGUACACAGGGGAGGUGUACAUCGCCAGCGAAAAUGUCCUCCCGCUGAUGGAGGCGGCGUCCAUGCUGCAGUACCCCAAGCUGUUUGAGGCCUGCUCCUCGUACUUGCAGGGACAGCUGGCCCCCAGCAACUGCCUGGGCAUGCUCAGGCUCUCGGAAAUCUUAAGCUGCCAGACCCUCAAGAAGAAAGCAAGGGAGGUGGCCCUGACACAUUUCCCGGAGGUGGCAGCAUCUGCAGACCUGAAGGAGCUCUGUGCCUUGGAGUUGAGAGACUACCUCAGCGAUGAUGGGCUCUGUGGGGAGGAGGAAAAGGUGUUUGAGGCCCUCAUGGCUUGGAUCAAGCAUGACCUCCAGGCCCGGAAACAAUACGUGCAGGAGCUGUUCAAGCAGGUCCGGCUUCAAUACAUCCACCCCGCCUUCUUCCACCACUUUAUCGCCAAUGACACCCUCCUCCAAUCCUCACCCGCAUGCCGGACCAUCUUGGAGAUGGCCAGGAGGCAGGUGUUCUCUUUGUAUGGCACCUGCGCCCCAGACUGCAAACCCCUGUUGCACAUCCCUCCGAGAAACUCCUACCAAGACUUUCUCAUCCUCCUGGGUGGAAGGAAGGACAGCCAGCAGACCACCAGGGACGUCCUGCUCUACAACAGACUGACCGACCAGUGGCAGAGCCUCCCCCAACUCCCAGCCAGGCUGUACAAGCCCUCGGCCAUCACCUUGCACCGCAGUGUCUACGUGCUGGGGGGCAUGGCUGUGAGCUCAGGAAGGAGCCUGGUCAGCCACAGCGUCUACAUUUUCUCCCUGAAACUCAACCAGUGGAGGCUGGGAGAGCCCAUGCUGGUGGCCCGCUACUCUCACAGAAGCACUGCCCAUAAGAACUUCAUCUUCUCCAUCGGGGGACUCGGGGAAGGGCAGGAGCUCAUGGGCUCUGUGGAGAGGUACGACAGCGUCUUCAACAUCUGGGAGAGGAUGGCCAGCAUGCCAGUGGGAGUUCUCCAUCCUGCCGUUGCUGUGAAAGACCAAAGACUCUACCUCUUUGGGGGAGAGGACAUCAUGCAGAACCCUGUGCGUCUCAUCCAGGUUUAUCACAUUUCCAGAAACACAUGGUUCAAAAUGGAAACGAGAAUGAUCAAGAAUGUGUGUGCCCCUGCGGUGGUGCUUGGGGAGCGGAUUGUCAUUGUAGGAGGUUACACGAGGAGGAUUCUCGCCUAUGACCCUCAGUCCAACAAAUUUGUCAAAUGUGCGGACAUGAAGGACCGGAGGAUGCACCACGGGGCCACGGUGAUGGGGAACAAGCUGUAUGUGACGGGAGGGCGGCGGCUAACCACGGACUGUAACAUCGAGGACUCAGCCUCCUUUGAUUGCUACGACCCUGAGACAGACACCUGGACAUCUCAGGGACAGCUGCCUCACACACUUUUCGACCAUGCCUGCCUCACGCUCCAGUGUAUCCCCCAUGUGUCCACCCUUCCAUGAGGUUGCAAGAAACCUUCUGUCAGGACGCCUUCUGCUGCAAGGGCUGGAAACCCAACU